AUGUUGCAUUCGUUGAUGUCGCGCAACUAUUGGAACAAUUUUCUGUUGCUUCUGACAUUUCUGUUCGCACUUGCCGCAUCGGUCUGGCAUGUAGUAGGCAUUUAUCAUACCGAAACAGACACCCAUCGGUACGAUAAGCGAAGUGUUUUCUACGUCAAAUACAACUCGAGCGAGCGACAGCUGAAGGCGGGUGUGGAAAAACCUUCGAUUACAACCAACGAACAGGAUGCACCCCGGACCCGGCCCCACUUUAGUACCUCCAAGAAGGCGAAUGUCGCCUUCGAUCCGACAAAGUUUAUUUGCACUGAGUCUAACACUACCGAUUGCGUCAACAAAACGCAAAUUUUCAAGGCGAAAGUUAUUUCCGAAUUUCGACGGGUACUGAAGGAAUCGUUUGAAGAGAAUCAUUAUUAUAAUGUGCGUUAUGAGCGAAUAAAAGGCGAUGAAACUGAGGUUUGCCGUUUGAGACGAGCCUCGGUUAGAACCAUUUCCUGGCGAGAUCCGCCAUUCGAUUGGAACGAACUGGGAAGUUACAUCCCGGUGCAGCCGUUGUUUAGUCAGAAAAAUGCUUCUUGUGCCGUGAUCGCCAGUGCGGGCUCACUGAAAGGUUCCAGGCUUGGCAACUUCAUCGAUCAACACGAUAUCGUGAUGCGCUUCAAUCAUGCACCCACGAAAAAGUUCGAGACCGAUGUCGGAACGAAGACUACUGUUCGGGUCGUGAACUCUCAGGUAGUGACUAAGCCGGAGUUUAAAUUGCUGACUGCCAAAUUGUUUCGAAAUAUUUCGAUAGCAGCGUGGGAUCCGGGAAAAUUCGAUCAAAGUCUUAAGGAUUGGAUAAAAGAACCCGACUUUAAUUUGUUCGACAACUUCAAAAAAUAUCAUGACAAAUAUCCAGGAGCAAACUUUCACCUUGUUGACCCGCGGAGCAUUUGGCGGGCAUGGACUGCACUGCAAGACAAAAUGGAUGUCAAAAUUAUGCGAAAUCCUCCGACUUCUGGUUUUAUUGGACUUGGUCUCCUGAUGCCUGCCUGCCGUUUCGUAGACAUGAUUGAGUACAUCCCAAGCAGUCGAAUGAAUGGCCUUUGCCACUAUUACGAUACAGAGAUUAAUUCUGUGUGCACUUUCGGCUCGUGGCAUCCAUUGGCGGCAGAGAAAUUGUACGUUCUUCGGAUGAACUCAGCCAGUGACUUUAGCACUUUCCAGCGGGGAAUUGUUCGGAUCAAACUGACGGAUGACAAUGGGUGUUAA